AAAUACUUUUUAUAUCUUUUUUUAAUUAAAUUUCAUAUUUUUAUUUUUAUCAUAUAGUCUGUUUCUAUAAACAAUUUUUAAGUUUAAAUUUUAAAAAGAAAACCUUUUUUUUGGCAAAUAGAAUACAGAAAGAAAUUUUCUGUUUUAUUUUUAUUUCUAAAAGUGUAUAUAAGAAACAUGUAAUAUAAACUAAAUGACUGACAUAUGAGUGCAAUAGUAAACGUAUACUUAGACAGCUGUCAAAAUAAACACAAACGUCAAUCUUUAUUUUUAAACAAAAGCAUCUCGUGCAGUAAGAGAUUCUUAAUUGUUGUAAAAUAAUAAGGUAAUCAUUGCUUGCAAAAUAUAUGUCCCAAAAUUUUCCUUAUCAAUACCAUUUGUGUUCAGAAAUGGAUCAAAUAGGAGAACCAGCCCAAUCGCAAAAACUCGAGGGUUUUAAAUAUUUAGUGAUUGUGACUCAAGCCUUUGGGAUUCUUUUGGUUAUUUUAAUGGCCACAUGGAAUUUUUGUUAUCGUGAUGGUUUUGCAUGGUCUUCAGAUCCAAAAUUACAAUUUAAUUGGCAUCCAAUGUUAAUGACACUUGGACUUGUCUUUCUUUACGCUAAUGGAAUGCUAAUUUACAGAACCCAAAGAAAUGUUCGUAAAAGGCGAUUGAAAUUAAUUCACGGUGGAAUAAUGUUGUUUGUCCUUAUAAUGACGAUUAUUGGUUUAGUUGCAGUUUUCAGUUUUCAUAAUAAAAUGAAUAUUCCAAAUUUAUAUUCAUUGCACAGUUGGGUUGGAUUAUCGGCUGUUAUUCUAUUUGCAGGACAGUGGAUCGCUGGUUGUGUCUCAUUCUUAUAUCCAGGAAUUCAAAUUACUUUGCGAGCUGCUUAUAUGCCAAUUCACGUUUACUUUGGAACUGCUGGUUUCAUUGCCAGCGUUGCUUCUUGUUUAUUGGGACUUACUGAAAAAAUUCUCUUCGUUGACUUCGGCAAAGAAUCUGCUUUGAAAUAUCAAAAUUUACCACCCGAAGGUGUUCUUGUCAAUGUAAUUGGAUUAUUGUUCGUUAUUUUUGGAUCCCUAACAGUUUAUUUAUCAUCCCAAGAGCGUUAUAAACGAUUACCUCGACCUGAAGAUGAUUUUUUAUUAUCAAGCCGAUCAAAUUGAAAAGAGGAAAAAUCAACUAACUAAAAACGCAAACUUUUUUAUUUUCAUUUCAUUUAAUUUUUAUUUCUCAAUUUACUGUCAUUUUUUAAACAACGAAUCAAUUCAAUGUGAAAGUAUUUUACCUGUUAAUUUUUAAUAUAUAACAGAAAGUUGAAGUUACGUUAUAAAAAAAAAAAUAUUUUUAAAAAAUAUUUAAAAAUUUUUAAAUAUUUACGAAUAUGAAAAAAAGUUCGAAGAAAAAACAAAAGUGUUUAUAUUUAUAUGCAUUAUGUAUAUAUAUAUAAUAUAGUUUAUUAUAUAUUCUUGAAUAUAUUGAAAAAUGUAAAAUUAUCACAAGAUAGAAAUCAAUGUUUAUUAUGUACUUUUGACAGAAUUUUGAAAGAUUUAUAACUGUGAAAAAGUGAUAAGAAGAUCACGUAAUGAUUGUAAUCAAAGUAUCAUCGAUAUCGUGAAAUUUUUGACUGGUUAUUGAUUAAUAUUUUUGUUUUUUUUUGUCAUUAUUAUUAAUUAUUUUUAAUUUAUAGAUGAAAUUCUCUAUAUUUGAUUUAUAUGGAGAAAAACAAAUUUUUUUUUAAACUUAAUUAUCAACGGUAACUAAUUACUAUCAUUAUUAUAGCAAUAAUUGUAAAAGAAACGUAAAUUUGAAAUAUUUUUCUUAUACAUUCUAUUAUUUAGAAUGUAUUUAGUAUUUAAAUUUACGUUUUUUUUUAUUUCGUGAUUUUAGUUUCUGUUUCUUUGUGAUUUAUACAGUUUCUAAGAGACUGAUGGUGCUUUUAAUUUUACUAUUUACAAACAAAAAAUAUUUAUUUACAAUAUACACAAAUAUUUUAUUUGUAAUUAAAAAAAAUUUUUUUUUUUUUUUGUUCAUUGUGAACAAACUGUGUCGAAAUA